UGGAUGGAAUCCUGUUAAGGGAUGGAUGAGCCUUUGAGGGUUUUGCACCUAUUUUUGGUUUUGUGGGAUGGGAGUGAGUGGUAUUGAGUUUCAGCCCUUUCUAGAUUUUUGAGAGUUGGGAGGAAUAGAAGUUAUUCAUUACAUAAUGUCGAGUUUUAAAAACACAGGAAAGAAGCAAUCUACCAAUUGCUCAUAAAAUACUAUCUCUGAUUGGAAAAGCCACCAUCGACCCGAGUUUUUCAUUGUCCCUUUGAUCGGACUAAUCAGCCAAUCACAUGUUGGCCAAGUGUGGCCAGAGUCCCACCCUUGAUAAUUUCUGUUUCAAAAUACCAUGCAAACUCCGCAACCAGGCUAAUUGUGAAUGCUGUCAGUCACCUGUUUGUGUGAAAUUUAACCGAGUCACUUAAAGACAAGCAAUUACAUUCACACAAUAUACCAAACCUGGUGAUGGUUCACUAGCUCUUGUUCUACAAACCAGACACUGGUCAGUAUACAAUUCAAUUCAUUUAAAUAUAAAAUAUCGAUUAAUCUAGUAACCAAAUGAAGCGAAGUUAGUUGAAGUAAGUAAAACAUUUUUGGGAAUAUAAUCUCUGAAAGAGAAGAGGCUAUUCCUGACAGAAGAACGAAGAGAGGCCAAGAUAAAAUCACGCUGCUGCAAAGAUCCGGAGUAUGGCAGUGAAGAGUUACUGACUCUCUUCGCUGGAAAUCUAUUGGUCGUCCGGAUUGUGGCAGCCAAAUGUGGCAGCCCUCCUUUGCAAACCUGCUCGUCCUUCACAUCAAAGGCGAGAUCAGAGAAAAGGAUCCCUCCGCUUUCGGCGCUGCAGGGUUUGCGCCCGCCGCCACUUCAUCCGCAUAUCCAUAGAGAAUCAACCCACUCAGGGCUAAACCUUCGAUCCAGUCGUCUUAAAAUUGCUACCGACGGGACCAAGGAUUUGCUUAUAAAGGAUUUUAACGUAUUCAAAUAUCUUGAUCUGGCGCUUCUGUUGACUCGUUCAUUCAUUCAUUCCUUUCUCUUUUACGGGUUUACCAAGAGCAGCAGCCAAUCGCGGCCCCGUUCUACAGCGCCUGCCUGGUUGCCAUAGGAGGCGUCGCCCCCAUUCCCAUGGAAACAGGUUUUGUUGUGUCUGGUUUUCCGCUUUCCUACGCCCCAAUUCGAACUUGCGAACGGAGGAGCUGCCGUGGAGAGCACCGCCAAAGGGAUCUUCUGGAUGCGAUAAUGGCCAAGUUGAUACAAGCACCCCCAAAGUUUCUGCCCCCCGAAUGGCACAUUGCUAACAAGGUCCAAUACAGUAGUGCCGAGGCCCAACGGUCUCAUUCGGAACGCUUGGUGGAUGAGAGCCAGCGGCUGGUAGAUGAAAUUGAGAGAACCACUCAGAAGACCCAGAGUGAUGUCAACAAGAGAAUAGAACAGAGACUUGAAGAGAUAAAAUUCUGGAGGCAGCAGUUGGAUGACAAACUUGACCAGAUUGUGAAGGAGACUGAAGUGCUUGUGUCAUUCAAAACAAGGCUGGAAAAGGCUCUGGAGGGCUGCAAAGAACCUCUUUUCACUGCUCAGGAGUGUCUCUUAAACCGGGAAAGGCGGGUUGGCAUUGACUUGGUCCAUGAUGAAGUGGAACGGGAGCUGAUCAAGGAAGUUGAAGUCUUCCAGGGAGUUGUUGCUCUGCUUGAACGUACACUGGAGCAAACUGAUGAACAACUCAGGCUUAAUCGCACUGCCAAAUACAAUCUUGAACAGGACCUGAAGGAUAAAUUCACGGCCUUCACAAUUGACAACUAUUGCUCCAAUCUGACCAACAACUCUACUGAUAUUGGAUAUGCCCAAAAUGUUGUGAAGGUUGAGGAGAACUCGGUGAGCCCUGAACAAUGGAUGGAUUUCUCCAACACAAAUGUUGAAAAAGCUGACAAGCAGCGAAACAAUUCCCUGACCCUCAGAGCCUUGAUUGACAGCAUUUUGUCCCAGACUGCAAGCGACAUGCGCAAGCAAAAUAGGACAGUAAACAUUGCGUUCCAGAAUAGAGUGAAGGAGACCAAGGAUGCCAAGAACAAAUUAGAAAUUCACCUGGCAAAGCUGAUGGAGGAGAUCAACUCUCAGACAAAAAAUAUUGAGGCUUUGAGGAAAGCUAUCCUGGAUAAGAAGGGGCCAGCCAAGGUGGCCCAAACUCGCCUGGAGACCCGGACUCACCGCCCAAAUGUAGAGCUUUGCCGAGACAUGGUGCAAUAUCGACUCAUGAAUGAAGUGCAGGAAAUCAACCAUAAUAUCCAGAGGCAAGUACAACACAGAAGCCACAGGGCUUAGUUUAAUCUGGGGGUUAUCUCAGGAAGUUAGCACUUUCUGGGGCGAGGAAGGAGCAGGAAACAGUGUGAGAUCCCUGUUCUGCAAAACCUGUAUGUGCGGUGGAUCAUUGCAUUUCAUUUUGUGAUUGAUCCUUUGGUUGCUGGCCUGUCAUUUACCUUAAUUCUAGACCAGCAAAGGAAUUCUGGGAGUUGAGGUCCACAAGUCUUAAAGUUGCCAAGGUUGGAGACCCCUGUUCUAAACCAAAUUCUCCCUCUUCUGGUCAAAGAUUUCAGUGGAUUUGUGGAGUGACUUCUCUCCAAUAGAAGUGAAAGUGGGGCUGCUUCAUGGGGGAGAUCAGAGCAGUUGGUGGCUCUUCUAUGGACAAAGAAUUUAAAUGGAGGGAGUCUUGAUUCUAAGGUAUCAUUAAUUUGACCUGCAGCAGAAUCAAACUCUGGGAAAGUGCAUAGCAUUCUGAGUCCUGGGAAUGAUUUUUCUCCUUAAGCUUCUAGUCCUGGCUCUAAACGGAAACUUAAGAUGCACAAGCAGUGCUACUAGGAAUCCCAGCAAUCCAAAUGAGACUGAUUGAGACUGAACAGGUGCUUCUAGCAGCUGAGUUGGGGAGGCAUUUUCCUGCCAUUCUGGCAAGCAGGAAUACAUGACACACGAGCAGACUCAUUACCAUCAAGUUCUGUUCGAAUUACAAGCUUAGUGAUGUUGGGUAAAGACUUCGCGGCUGCCCAUUUGUUCAAUGGGCCAAGCUUGAGUAAUGUUAAAGUAGAUAUUUGUGGCUUGGCCUGUUGUGCAAACCUACACCCCCCUAAAUUGUGAACGUGUUCCCUGACAGAUUCUGUAUGUCCAUCAGAAGAAUUUGAUGACAACGGGGCACUUCGUGUAUUGACAACAAAUUGCCAGGAUUCAGCUUCAAACUGUUCUUUCCCAUUCAGACCUAGAUAGUUUCCAGACAGCUGGAAAGAAUACCCAGUUCAGAGUGGCAAUGUACAGUUGGGUACAUUCCCUAAAGCUUGGUUGUUCUCCAACACCAAUAGCUCCACAAAUUCCCUCUUCAGGAACUUCUUUCUUCUUUCAAGGUUGCCAGAAGCUCCGUCUUCUGCAAUGAGGCUUUAACAAUUGUUUAGAUCCACAUGUUCUCUCUCUCUCUCUCUCUCACACACACACACACACACACCGCCUGUUUUCCCUACAAGUUGAGAGGACAGGGAUCCAAGGUAGCAAAAACCAACUGAAACAGCAACUAUCUACUUCCUUGGAUGCUGCAGACCAAAAUAAUCCCAGAUAACAGAGCAAGGCAAAUACCAAAGACUCCAUCCCUUCAGACUUAAGGUUAUAGGAAAUCCAUGGAGUUAGUUCCCUGCAGGAGAUAAUUUAGUGCCAAUGAGAAUCUCUUGGAAAUAGAAUAACAGAGUUGGAACGGACCUUGGAGGUCUUCUAGUCCAAACCCCCUGCUUAGACAGGAAACCCUACACCACUUCAGAUAAAUGGUUAUCCAAUCUCUUCUUUAAAGCUUCCACUGUUGGAGCAUUGACAACCUCUAGAGGCAAGUUGUUCUACUGAUUAAUUGUUCUAACUGUCAGGAAAUUUCUCCUUAGUUCUAAGUUGUUUCUCUCCUUGAUUAGUUUCCACCCAUUGCUUCUUGUCCUGCCCUCAGGUACUUUGGAGAAUAGCUUGACUCCCUCUUCUUUGUGGCAGCCCCUGAGACAUUGGAACACUGCUAUCAUGCCUCCCCUAGUCCUUCUUUUCAUUAAACUAGACAUACCCAGUUCCAGCAACCGUUCUUCAUAUGUUUUAGCCUCCAGUCCCCUAAUCAUCUUUGUUGCUCUUCUCUGCACUCUUUCUAGAGUCUCCACAUCUUUUUUACAUCGUGGCAACUGAAUGCGGUAUUCCAAGUGUGGCCUUACCAAGGCAUUAUAAAGUGGCAUUAACACUAAACCUUCUUUCUUUUCUGAGGAUUAGAGUCGGACACCCAUCUCUUAUGACAUACCGAAGUGGAAGCAGGGUCGGAGCAGAACAUACAAUCAGAAGAUUGUCAUGAUUUGAUUGACUGAAGCCAUGGAGAGGCUGGCCAAACUCUAGAAAGUAGUGGCCUUCACCCUUUUUUCUGUUCCUCCCUUAGGCUGACGGACACAUUGGCUCAGGCUGAAAUAGAACUGAAAGGCCUAAACCGCCGGCAGCUCUCCCUGGAGGAAGAGAUUGAAGUCAAAGCAAAUACCCUUUAUAUUGAUGAAGUGCUCUGCAUGCAGAUGAGAGAAUCCAUUU